AUGUUAUUACGAACAAUUUUUCUUCUUUUGGUAUUAACAACAACAAUAAUUUCAUCGAAUACAUUCUAUGGAAAUUGGAAAAAUAAAUUAAAAACAUUUAAAACAAAAACCAAAGAUAAAAUUACUGAACAAAUACAAGAAAAAUCUUGGCAAUAUUUUGCUGCAUCUUGUUAUUGGAAAUUUCCUAUAAGACGUUCAUGGUCUGAAGCACGAAAUGAAUGUGCUAGAUUUCGAGCUGAUCUUGUUGUUAUUGAUAGUGAUAAUGAAUUUGAUUAUAUAGCAAAAAAUAUAACUGAUUUACGAGAAGAUUUUUAUGUUGGAUUUCAUUAUUAUAAUGAUUCAUGGUCAUGGAUCAAUGGUCGAGCUCUAUCGGAUUAUACAUAUUAUACAGAAGAAGAUUUAUGUGAAGAUCGAUUACCAAUUGAACCUCGUCAUCGAUCAUGUGGAAUUCUUGAUCGUGCACGUCGAGGACGAUUAUGUAUGAAUGUUGAUGUAUGUGAUAGAAAAUUAAAUUUUAUUUGUGAAAAAGUUGUUGAUCGAUGUAGUUCAUUAAAUGAUGUAUGUGGUAAACAUGGUCGAUGUAUAAAUAUAGAUGAUGGACAAUUUCGUUGUGAAUGUCAUUUUCUUUUUGGUGGAAAUCGAUGUCGAUCGAUUAGUCGUGAAGGUAGUCAAGUUAUUAUAGCAGCUAUAUUUGUAUUUACGGCAUGUAUUACACCAAUUAUUAUUCGAUCAAUAUAUAGAAUGUUAAAAAGAAAAUUAGAUCGAUCUUCAACAAUCUAUGGCAAACUUCAUUCUUUAAAUAACAGUGAACAUGGACUUUCCCAAUAUAAAAUUUCUUAUCAAAAGAAACAAGAAAAAAAAUUUGAUAGUUUCUUACAAUUACUAUACAAUAUUCAAAUAUCAAAUAUUUGUGAUUCAUCAACAUUUAUUCUUAUAUUUAGUACACUUUUAUUAACAAGUUUUUGUUUAAUAACAAUUCCAUUUAUACAAUAUCGUCUUUCAUUUUUAUCUAUAUUAAAUAAUACCAAUAUAACAUUAACAAAUAAAUUAAAUAUAACAUAUUAUCAUUUACAUAAUUGUCGUAAAUUUGAUAAUUAUGUUUGGCAAAAUUUUGUUUCAUUACCAUUAGCACUUAUUGUUACAUUAAUAUGUUCAUGUUUAAAAAAACGUGAUACUUUUUGUUUACAAUUUUGUCAUGGACGACCAUCAUUACCAAUGCCAUUUAAUUUAUUUGAUAAACGACAACGUCAUGUUAUUGCAGCAAUAUUUGGUAUAUCAGCAAAUGAAGUAUUUAAAAUUCUUGAAGAAAUUUUAAUUCGUUUUAAUACAAAAUAUGUAACUGAUAAUGAAGGUAUUAUAAUUGAAUUAUUAAAACGAAUUGGUAUUGUAUUACUUAUUGGUAUGAGAUAUUUUCCAUUAUUAGUUAGUGUUAAUAUUGCACAUCCAAUAUCUUAUGCACUUGGAUUAAUUUAUACAUUUAUUGAUGGUACAUAUACAUUAAUAUAUACAAGUUAUUGUUCACGUUUUUCAUUAUUUCUUUUUGAUCGAACAUUAUUAUUACAAUCAUCAUCAUCAAAUGAUAUAAUUCAAUCAGAUUUAAUCUAUGUUUUAUUAAGAAAUUUACCACAUUUUACAUUAAUAUCAUUUGUAUUUAUUAAAUUUUUUUAUUUAUUUAUUCAGCAAUUAAAAUAUCGUUGUUGUCAACAAUCAACAAUUAUAACAAAUCAUGAUAAAAAUGAAAAAGUUCAUCAAGUAUCAUUUGUUUCAUCAAUACUUUCAUUAGAUUUAAUAAUACCUGAUUAUCAAACAAAACCAGAAUUUUAUUAUACACAAGGUUUAUUAAAAAGUAAACAUUCAUCCGAUAUGUAUUAUAAUAAUGUCAUAACACGUUCAUUUGCAAAAAUUUAUCGUUGCCAUCGUUAUUUUACAUAUUCAAUUCAAAUAUUAUGUACAUAUACAGUUGUAUUAAUUGUUAUUUAUAAUUUAACAUGUUUAUUAACAUUCUAUGGUAUAUAUUCAAUAAAAAAUCAACUUGAUCGUAUACAUUUUUUAAUACUUAAUCAAUUAAAUUGGGAUAUUGAAUUAGGUACAACAUUUAUAAAUGAUUUAUUUAUUUGUUCAAUACUAUCUGUAAUUAUUUAUUGUACACAAAUAUUUAAUGGUUUAAAUAAAAUUCAACAACAUUUAAUAUCAGCAUAUGCUGGAAAAUAUAUUGAUAUACCUCCACGUCAUAAUUUUUCAAAUAAUGAAUUAAUAUCAAAAUGUUUACAUUUUUCUGGUUAUUUAUGUGGUUAUACAGCAUGGGGUUUUAUAAUAUUUUAUAAAAUAUCAUUUAUUAUUUGUUUUUUAUUUCGUUUAUGGAUACGUUAUGAUUCAAGAUGGUUUCAACAUAUAUUAGCAUUAUGUUUACCAAUAAUAUUAAUUUAUUUAUUAAAACAUAUAUUAAUGUCAUUAUUAUCUGAAUUUGUUUUUUUACAAAAUUUUGGUCGUACACCAUCAUUAAAUAAUCGUCGAAUUUAUUUUAUAUUUAAUUAUUUUAAUUUUUUUUUCGAUUGUUUUCUUGGCAUAUUAUCAUGUGUUAUACGUGUAUCAAAAUCACUUUUAGCAUCACUUUUAUUUAUGGGAAGAUUAGAUUAUUCAUUUAUGGGAAGAAAUUUAGAAAGAUUAGAUCAAGGUUAUGCAACAUAUGUUACAUUUAUUCAUAUGGAAAUUAUUCAUGGACAUCCAAUUUUGGUAACUUUUUGUGAUAUUAUUUGGCAUGAUAUUGAACGUAAACGUCAUAUAAGUCAACAUUCAAAAAGCAAUAAGCUAAUUUAUGAUAGUAUUAUGCAUACAAAAGUUCAUUUAGCUCGAUUUAAAUGGCAUCUUUUUUAUACUUUAAUUCGUAAUGAAUAUUUAAAAUUUUUACGUAAACAUGCAUUAUUAGUUGCAACAAAUAGUAAAGGUCUUAUUUCUUCAACAACAGCUGCAGCUGUUGUUUUAACAACAAAUUCAAUAAAUGAAAAAUCCUUUAACAAUGAACAACAUUCAUCUAUUUUAUUAUAUGAUCGUCCAAUAAUGAGACAACCACCAGUACCACCUAAACGAUCCGGUUAUCGAUAUAAUUUUGAUUAUGAACAAACAAGUGAUCUUCGUUUUAUCUAUCAACAAUUAAAAUCUUUAACACAUAAUGUUUCUCAAUUGAAAAAUAAUAAUAUUCAACAAGAAGGAGAAGAUGUAGAAGUAGAAGAACAUAAUGAACAAAUUUAUUUACCACCAAAUCAAUCGAUAACAAGAAAACAAUCACAAGUAACAUGUACAUUUCCUGAUGAAUAUACAACGUCAAAAUUUCAUAAUAUGCCAACCAUACAGAGACGAUAG